CAGCCCAUAAUCCUCCCGACCUACAUACGGCACCACAGAAGAAGAAGGAGGACACCAUGACGUCUCUGGCCCACCAGCUGAAGCGGCUGGCUCUGCCGCAGAGCGACGGCGACCUGCUGACCCGCAGAGAUGUGGCCUCCGUGCUCUUCGACCCCAAAGACGCCGCCGCCAUGGACCGGAGCACCUUCUACGCCCUCGGCUGCACCGGGCUGGAGGAGCUGCUGGGAAUCGAACCGGCCUUCCUGGAGUUCCAGGACACGCUGUUCAGCCCGGCCUCGGUGACGCUGGAGCGCAGCGUCCAGUCCCGGGAGGUCAACGACAAGCUGGACGCCGGGAUCUCGCUGUUCCUGACCCGGCUCUGCCCCUACUUCCUGCUCAAGCCCGCCCUCAAGUGCCUGGAGUGGCUGGUGCACCGGUUCCACGUGCACCUGUACAACGUGGACAGCCUGCUGGCCUGCUCGCUGCCGUACCACGACACCAACGUGUUCGUCAGAGUUCUGCAGCUGCUGAAGAUCCGGGACGGAACCAACCGCUGGAACUGGCUCCACAGUCUGCAGAAACCCGGCGUGCCUCUCUCCAGGGCGGUUCUGGUCGUCCACUGCUACUCCGACCUGAGCUUCAUGGACUUCAUCUGCAGCAUGGUGACCCGCUCCAUCCAGGCGUUCUCCGGACACUCCACCUCCUUCUCUCAGCUGAGGAUCAUCUUCUCUUUCUUCGCCUCCACCAUCGUUGCAGCUCUGGAUUCUGCAGAAAACGUUUCUGACGCCGUCAUCGCCAAACUGCUGCCCUACGUGCAGAAGGGCCUGCGCUCCCCCCUGCCGGACUACCGGGCCGCCGGCUACAUGCUGGUGUGCCAGCUGGCGGUGAAGGUGGUUCUGGAGCCGGAGCUGGUGGAGCGGCUGGCCCUGCAGCUCAGCAAGUCCCUGGUCCGGGACCCGGUUCUGGCCCAGGAGGGGCUGGGCUGCCUCACCGUGCUGCUGCAGAACCAGAGGGACGGAGCCGCCGGCCCCAGAGCGGCGGCCCAGCUGAGCUCGGUACCGGUUCUGUCCUCCACGCUGCGGGUCAUGGCGGUGACCCACGACGUGGGCCCGCUGCUGCGGUACCUGCUGCCCCACCUGGUCCGGGCCGGGUUCUCCUCCGGCCCUGAGCAGGAGAACUGGGCCGUGCUGGAGAACAUCCUGAGCUCCGUCCCGCUGCCCAAGGACCUGGACCGGACCCUGGCCCGGCUGAUCCUGGUGGGGUACCUGGGUCUGACGGACCGGUCCCCCCAGGACCUGGAGGCCCUGGACCCGCUGCUGCUGCCCCUGGUCCGGCUCCUGGAGUCCAGAUAUCCCGGAUCCCUGGACGACGUCCUGGCGGGUCACGUGACCGACCUCAGCGACCCGCAGCAGAAGCGCCUGUUCCAUCACUUCCUGUCUCUGUCCACGGGCGGCGGGAAACACCAGAUCCUGGAGGACUUGGACACGUCGCUGCUGCUCAGCCUGAAACACCCGCGGGCUUCGAUCCGGCGGGCGGCGCUGGACCGGCUGGUGGAGGCGGCACCGUCCGGACAGCAGCUGGGUCUGGACCGGGACUUCCUGAAGGAGGCGGUGGCCGAGCGUCUGCAGGACGACGUCCCGGAGGUGGUUCUGGCCGCGCUCAGGGUUCUGCAGGUGCUGCUGGACGGCGAGGACGGCGUGGACGGCGAGGACUCCGUGUCGUGGCUGCUGUCCCUGCUGCUCAGAGCCGAUGCGUCGGAGCCUCAGCGCUGGCGGCCCGUGCUGGAGGAGACGGUGCGUUCGCUGUCCCACCCCAGGCUGGGAAAGGCGGACGGCGAGCUGCUGCAGAAGACCGGCUGGAGACUCCUGCCCUUCCUGGUGGUCACGUCCACGCAGACGCAGCUGGCCCGGGACCUGGCCCACUCCCCCCUGCUCACCCGACACCCCCUCACCCAAAACUGGGCCCAAGAGCUGGACAAAGUGAUGAAGAGGAGCUCUGAGCCCGACUUCGUCGGGUCGGCCAACCAGCGCCUCGUCUCCACGCUGGCCGGGAACCUGGCCCACAUGGAGCACUUCGCCAAGCGGGAGGCGCUGGAGCAGCUGGCGGGGCUGGUCCAGCAGCGGGGGUCCGGUCUCCGGGACCGGGCCUCCUUCCUGGUCCUGGUCCAGACUCUGCUGCAGAGCCUGACCCAGCUGAGUGAGACGGAGCACCUGCUGACGGCCCAGAGAGUCUACGCCGCCCUGGAGCCCCCCCUGCUGGAGGCCGCCGGGACGCCCCGCACCCAGGAAGCUGAGCCGGCGGUCUCGGUGCCCCCGUCCUUCUCUGAGGCCGUGACGUUGUACCUGCGCCGGUGUGAGAGCCAGACCGGCCCGGUGGACCCCGGGGACCCGGACUACACACGGGUCCUCAUGGCUCUGCUGCAGGACUUCAUCUCCUCACUCAGGUGUCCCAGCACCGCCUUCAGAGGGGAGGCCUGGUGGAACCCGGAGAAGCUGGACUCCAACACCUGCUGCUACCUGGGUCUGCUGGGCCGCGUGUUCGGUCUGGUUCUGGAGGGUUCUGCCGAGGGCCCGGCGUCCCGCGGCUUCAGGGACCUGAUGAAGCUGCUGGUGCAGGUGCACCUCCCCGAACCCGCCUCCGUCUUCAGCUUCCUGUCCCUGCUGUGGGGGUACGGCGGUAACCACGGCGACCAGCUGGACCUGAAGGUGGGCGUGGUCCUGCAGACGCGGGCGCUGUACAUGGGCGGAGCCCUGCUGAGCUCACAGACCCCUGCAGCGCUGGAGAAGCUGACAGCUGCAGAGUCUCCAGUGGUCCCGUCUCUGCUCUGCUGCCUCUCCUCCACCGUGCGGGAGGUCCGACGGGCCGCCCUGGCCGCCCUGGGCAGCCUAUCAGGAGCCAGCGGCUCUCCCUUCCAGCCAAUCACAGAGCGGCUCCUGCAGACGGGGGAGGAGAUCAGCACCGACCCGGCGUACCUGAGCACGGCGCUGGGCGUCCUCCACGACGAGUCUUCGUGCAGCAAGCCGUCGGCGGCGCAGAGGAAGCUGCAGGCGGCGCUGCAGCAGCUGCUGCGCUGCGUCCAGAGCCGCAGCUGCCCGUCGUACAGCAGCGCCGCCCUGCUGGACGCGCUGGGCCUCGUCAGCGGAACGUCCGUCCUGGCGUUGCUGCUGCCGGUCCUGGAGCGGCUGCUGGAGCAGACGGGGCCCGACACGCCGCCACUGCUGCGGGCCGAGACCCGGCUGCUGCGGCUGGUGCUGAGGAAGUACGAGGAGGCGUCGGCGCCGCUGCUGGCGCAGGACCGGACCUGUCUGGACCUGCUGGUCCGAGCGCUGCGGCUGCCGGGCCUGCAGCUGCUGGCGCUGGAGCAGAUCACCAAGCCGUUCUUCUCAGCCAUCGGCGACGACGGCGUCCAGCAGAAGCUUCUGUCCGUGAUGUUCGACCUCCUGGACGGCGCCGGGCCGGCGGCGGCCAACGCCGUGGGCGGCGUCUUCAAAGCGAUCGCCGUGGACGCCCAGCUGGUGGCCAACGAGCUGGCCCCCCCCCAGAAGCCCAGCGUCAGCGUGACGGUCCAGCAGACCCGGCGCAGCAGGAUGAGCCGCAGGAGGCCUCAGGAGGACAGCGGUACCGGUCCAGAGGGCGGUACCGGUCCAGAGGGCGGUACUGGUCCAGACGCUGGUACCGGUCCGGACGGGGACGGCGGGACGGUCCCGUGGCAGAGGGUCACCCUGGUUCUGGAGCUGCUGCAGCACAAGAAGAAGCUGAAGAGAGCCCAGACGCUGGUGCCGGUUCUGUUCUCGCUGCUGGCCAGGAGCCUGGAGCCGCGGGCCGCUCGGCACCACAACAUGGAGUACACCAAGCAGCUGCUGCUCAGCUGUCUGCUCAACAUCUGCACCAGACUGGAGGGGGAGGCAGGGGUCCUGGAUGAGGAGCGGUUCAGCGUGGAGCUGGUGGUCCAGUGCAUCCGGGGGUCCGAGGUUCCGCAGACGCAUCACCAGGCCCUGCUGCUGCUGGGGGCGGCGGCCUCCAUCUUCCCUGAGAAGGUCCUCCACAGCAUCAUGCCCAUCUUCACCUUCAUGGGCGCCAACAUCCUUCGCCUGGACGACUCCUACAGCUUCAGGGUGAUUGACAGGACGGUGCAGACGGUCAUCCCCGCCCUCAUCAAGGCCCAGCCCAGCCCGUCCUCCUCCCAGGUGGUUGCCGUGGCGACCAGGAUCAUGCAGGUCUUCGUGGACGCGCUGCCUCACGUCCCCGACCACCGCCGCCUCGCCCUGCUGACCCGGCUGGUGUCCACGCUGGGCCCCGCCCACUUCCUGUGGGUGAUGCAGCUGCUGCUGCUGCGGCUGCACGCCACGCAGAGCUCCACCCCCACCAGCGACAGGGACGAAGCCCAGGAGCGGAACGCUGAAUUCUGGGUAACGCUGAGCUGCCAGUUCGGCGUGGGCGAGCAGCUCGGCUCGCUGGUGGACGUCCUGAAGUUCCUGCAGCAGCUGCCGGACGACAAGGACGAUGCAAAGCGCCCCGCCGGCCGGCCGGCGGCCCGGAAGAAGCCGGGCGACGUGGAGAAGUUGGACGAGCUGAUCUUCAGCGUGGAGGCUCACAGCAGCAAGGAGCUGCGGCACUUCAAGUUCCUCUGCGUGUCCUUCAUGUCGCAGCUGCUCAAGUCCAGCAGCUUCGUCCAGAAGGUGGCGGACGGAGGCGAGGACGUGGAGGCGUCUCUGCAGCCGCUGCAGCAGAGGCUCCUGGAGGAAGUGCUCCGCUACAUCCACAGCGUGGCGCGCUGCGUGGAGAAGAACGCCGACCAGCCCACCGCCAAGUUCUGGAGAGCCCUGCUGAAGCAGAGCUACGACGUCCUGGACAAGGUGAACGCCCUGCUACCUGCAGACUCCUUCAUCACGGUGAUCCGGGGGCUGAUGGGAAACCAGCUGCCCUCCGUCAGGAGGAAAGCUAUGGAGCUGCUGAACAACAAGCUGCACCACCGCACGCAGUGGGACGAGCAGCAGGUGACGGCGCUGCUGCAGCUGACGGGCGACCUGCUGGCCGUCGUGGGUAAGAGCCCGGCCAACGUGGGCGCGGCGGAGGAGGCGGAGCAGGCCGUGAACCGGCAGACGGCGCUCUACAGCCUGAAGCUGCUCUGCCGCAGCUUCGGCGCCGGCCACCAGGAGGCGUUCCGGCCCGUGCUGCUGCGCGCCGUGGAGGUCGUCGUGGCGACGGAGGAGGACAAGCACGUGCUGGGCAGCGCGCUGCUCUGCAUCGCCGAGGUGGUCGGCGCGCUGAAGGCGCUCGCCAUCCCGCACCUGCCCAGGCUGAUGCCGGCCGUCCUGCACGCGCUCAGUAGCCGGAAGGAGGCGGGGCCCGGAGACGUCUACCUGCUCAGCGCUGUGGCCGCCCUGCAGCGCGUCGCCGAGGCGCUGCCGCACUUCAUCAGCCCCUACCUGCAGGACGUCGCCCUACAGGUGUGUCACCUGACCCACCUGGUCCAGAACUCGUCCUCCUCCUCGUCCUCCCAGCUCCCGGUCCGACUGGCCUCCCUGAGGAAAACCCUGGCCACCCAGCUGCCCCCCAGGGUGCUGCUGCCCACCCUGACCCGCUGCUACAGCAGCAUGGUGGCCGGCAGGAAGGACCAGCUGGGGGCGCUGAUGAGUCUCCUGAAGGAUCAUAUCAACCACAUGGAGAAGGAGACGCUGAACGUUCACCAGUCAGAACUCACCACCUUCUUCCUCAGCGCGCUGGACUACCGCGCUCAGCACGGACAGGUUGAUCUCCCGAGGACGUGGGAGGUCGAGGGCGACGUCAUCGAGUGUCUCAUCGCCAUGGUGAUGAAGCUGUCGGAGGUCACGUUCAGACCGCUCUUCUUCAAGCUGUUCGACUGGAGUAAACCGGAGCAGGUGGACCGGCCGGACCGGCGUCUGACCUUCGUCCGUCUCUGCGACCGCGUGGCCGAGCGGCUCAAGGGAUUGUUCGUGCUGUUCGCCGGGAACCUGGUGCAGCCGUUCUCCGAGGUCCUGAAGCAGACGAGCGGCGCCGACGCAGACGGGCUCUUCGGUGGUUCCGUAGAGUCGUCAUCUCUGCUGCUGCAGCUCGUCCUCGACUGCCUCUGCAAGCUGUUCCUGUACGACACGCAGCGCUUCCUGAGCCGGGACCGGGCCCAGGUCCUGCUGGGCCCGCUGGUGGAGCAGCUGGAGAACCGGCUGGGCGGAGAGCAGCGGUACCGGGACCGGGUCACCCACAACCUGGUUCCCUGUCUGGGCCAGUUCUCGGCGGCGCUGGCCGACGAGUCGCUGUGGAAGAACCUGAACUACCAGGUCCUGCUGAAGACCCGGCACGCCGACGCCAAGGUUCGGUUCUCGGCCCUGCUGGUGCUGACGGAGCUGGCGUCCAAGCUGAAGGAGAACUACGUGGUUCUGCUGCCGGAGACCAUCCCCUUCCUGGCAGAGCUGAUGGAGGAUGAGUGUGAGGAGGUGGAGCAGCAGGUCCAGCGGGUCGUCCAGGACAUGGAGAACAUCCUGGGGGAACCGCUGCAGAGCUACUUCUAACGCCGCUGGAAAUGUAUUUUUAUGUUUUUAUCUACAAUAAAUCCUGUUUU